CUGAUUGGUGAUUAAAACCCUUGCGCAACACGUAGGUGGUCCUGAGUUGCCAAAAUGGCCUGCCACGAAGCGGCGCACGUGGCCGACGAGCAACUCCUGCGGCUCGUCCGCAGCCGCGCCAUCCAAAAAGCGAGCCGCGACCGCAAGAAGUCAAGGUAUCUCGCGACAACGGCGACCGUCGAGACGCUCCGUGACGAAGUCGCGCGGCUCCAAGGACGCAUGGCAAGCCUCGUGCGGCGUGUACCCCUCGCGUACGUGCUCUGCGUCCAGCCCAACUUUGACGGUGGGCCCACACUCAAGAUCGCCCGCCAAUAUGUCACGCUUUUCAAGCACGGCUACAACGACACGAAGCGCAAGCAAAGCGCCAAGCAGCUCGCGUUUCUCACUGGGAUUGCCGCCGCCAACGUCCGCUACAAUGGCGGCAUUGGUGUCCAGAGCAUCUUGAGCAACUGGCUGCGCUACACGACGACGUUCUCCGGUGUGGUUAUCGAAAUGCAAGAUUGCGCGGUUCUCAAGACCGACGACGGGCCGAUCGUCAAAGGCGUCGUCAAGUCGAAUCUCAAAAUCACACAAAGCUCCAUUCGAACCAUCUUCCCCUACUGCCCCGACCACCUCAAGCCGCAGCUCAUUGGCCAGGUCAUGACGCUGUACGUAACCAUGCACUGGAGCUUUGACGAGAGCGAUCGCUUGAUCGCAAUCGACGGCGCUGGCGACUUUGUCUCGGGCCUUCGACCGAUCUUGAGAAGCAUUGAAGCGGUCGCAGCCGUCCUCAACAUGGCUGCCUUUUACGGUCCCGAGUCGGCCAUCUCAGUUGCGCGUUCGACUUGACUUCUUCGAAAUUACGUUGGUCAAAAGCUUGAUGCUAUAUGAAUCAAUGCCAGUACAUGCGUGCUCCUUGAAUGCACGUCAACAAGCACA